AUGGCGUUCGUAAGCUUAAGAAGCAGCUUAAGAAUAUUGUGGACAAUGGCGGCGGCGUUCGUUUUUCUGACAAGAAGCAGCGCUGCACCAACGUUCGGUGAUACGGACAAAGCCAUGAUGUAUUUAGCGCAGUAUGGUUACUUGAGUCCUUCGGUACGGAACCCCUCCAGCGGCCACAUCAUGGAUGAAAGCUCAUGGCGUCGUGCCAUCGCCGAAUUCCAAAGCUUCGCUGGGCUAAACGCAACAGGUGAACUGGAUGACGAGACUGCAAAAGUGAUGUCCCUCCCGAGAUGUGGCGUCCGCGACAAAGUGGGAUUCGGGGAGAGUCGGGCGAAACGAUACGCAUUGCAAGGUUCGAGGUGGCGUGUGAAGAACCUUACGUAUAAGAUCUCAAAGUACCCCUCGCGUCUGAAUCACGCAGAAGUCGACACCGAGCUGGCCAAAGCCUUCUCCGUUUGGUCGGACUAUACUGAUCUUACCUUCACUCAGAAACGUUCCGGUCAGGUGCACAUCGAAAUUAGGUUUGAAAAGGGAGAGCACGGGGAUGGUGAUCCCUUUGACGGACCUGGUGGAACCUUGGCUCAUGCUUAUUUUCCUGUAUAUGGCGGCGAUGCUCAUUUCGACGACGCUGAAGUGUGGUCCAUUAAUUCAAGGCGCGGAACCAACCUCUUCCAAGUGGCUGCUCAUGAGUUCGGUCAUUCGCUAGGCUUAUCACACAGCGAUGUCCGCUCAGCUUUAAUGGCCCCAUUUUACCGAGGAUACGAUCCAGCCUUCCAGCUUGACCAGGAUGAUAUCCAAGGAAUUCAGGCGCUGUACGGACACAAGACUCAGUUGGACAUCGGCGGUGUGCCAUCCAGACCUUCAGCCCCGCGCGCCACCACGCCACCUUCUUCGGCAGAAGACCCCGCUCUCUGCGCCGACCCCUCUAUUGACACCAUCUUUAACUCCGCCGACGGCGCUACAUUCGUUUUCAAAGGCGAGCACUACUGGCGGUUGACGGACAGCGGAGUGGCCGCUGGUUACCCGCGCCUCAUAUCACGCGCCUGGCCCGGACUGCCUGGAAACAUCGACGCCGCAUUCACCUACAAGAACGGCAAGACUUACUUCUUCAAGGGCUCCAAGUACUGGCGCUACAACGGCCAAACCGUAGACGGCGACUACCCCAAAGAGAUAAGCGAAGGCUUCACCGGUAUCCCGGACAACAUAGAUGCGGCGCUCGUGUGGUCAGGCAACGGCAAGAUCUACUUCUACAAGGGUUCGAAGUUCUGGCGUUUCGACCCCGCUCAGCGGCCGCCAGUCAAGUCUACCUACCCCAAGCCGCUCUCCAACUGGGAGGGCAUUCCGGACAACAUAGACGCGGCCCUCCAAUACACCAACGGUUACACGUACUUCUUCAAAGGAUCUUCGUACUGGCGGUUUAACGACAGAACUUUCAGCGUGGACACCGACAAGCCGGCCUUCCCGCGCUCCACUGGCUACUGGUGGCUGGGCUGCAGCUCGGCACCGCGCGGUACAGUCGGAGGUAACGCGCGCCUGUCCGCACCAGACGACGCCCGCCCGCCCUCCGAUGACGACGUCGGCGACAUACUCUUCGACGCAGGAGGGCGCCUAGACGUCCUCCGCCGUGGCGUCACUCACCCGCAUCAUGAAGGCGAGAGGUCGGGCGGCAGCGGCGGCGUGUCGGCGCGGCCAUCUUGGAUCGCUGCAUUGAUAAGCGUCGCACUCUCCGCUCUGUUAGCGUCGGCGGCUGGCUCC